ACUUUUUAGUGUUAAUGACGAGGCGCUAGCAUUUUCCAUUCGUACAGUCCGGACGCUAACAGCAAUGUGUAUUUUUUUAUUAGCUUAGCAAAUUAUUAUUUUAACAUAAGUAACCCAGUUGUAGCAGUGAAUGGCCAUAUAGCGUCGAAUAGUGAAUAUUAGCCACAUCUACCCGGUCUUUGAGAGGAUAACCUUCCCGUCAUGAUUGGGAGAGAGGCGGAGGUCAGGCGCGCGGGCUGUCAACAAUGUCCAGCUGAAAAAACGCUACUGGGUCCCCAACUUUCUCGUUAAGACAAAGCUGAAUCAUGCCGGGGAAGCUGAAAGCUAAGAUUGUGGCAGGGCGCCACUUACCUGUCAUGGACAGAGCCAGCGACCUCACUGAUGCCUUUGUAGAGGUCAAGUUUGGCAACACAACUUUCAAAACGGACGUCUUCCCCAAGUCACUUAACCCACAGUGGAACUCAGAGUGGUUCAAAUUUGAGGUGGAUGAUGAGGACUUGCAGGAUGAGCCGUUACAAAUCACAGUGUUGGACCAUGACACUUACAGUGCCAACGAUGCAAUAGGGAAGGUCUACAUUGACAUCGACCCUCUGCUCUCCUGCGAGGCUGCUACUGUCAUCUCUGGAUGGUUCCCCAUCUACGACACUAUACACGGUAUCAGAGGGGAGAUUAAUGUUCUGGUGAAGGUGGACCUCUUCAAUGACCUGAACCGCUUCAGACAGUCCUCUUGCGGUGUCAAAUUCUUCUGCACAACGUCUAUCCCGAGGUGUUACCGCGUGGCGCUGGUCCAUGGCUUUGUUGAGGAGCUGGUGGUGAACGAGGACCCAGAGUACCAGUGGAUUGACCGCAUCAGAACCCCCAGAGCUUCUAACGAGGCCCGACAGAGACUCAUCUCUCUCAUGUCUGGUGAGCUGCAGCGGAAGAUAGGUCUGAAAGUGUUGGAGAUGGGUGGUAAUGCGGUGGUGGGGUACCUGCAGUGCUUUGAUCUGGAGGGAGAGUCAGGUCUGGUGGUCCGAGCCAUCGGCACCGCCUGCACUCUGGACAAACUCAGCCCUGGGAUGGCUCCCAACACCACCACACACACCAACACACACACACUCCCCAACACCGCCCCCGCAUCCAAUGCCUGCAACUCUCCUUCCAAGGACAGCAGAGAGCCCGUGUUCAGUGAGGACCCCCCCCAUCCCCUCUCCGGCCCCCCCACGCCUCUCAGAACCCUUCCUUCCUCCUCUCCUCCUCCCUUCUCUCCAUCCAAGCCAUGCAGUCGCCAGUCCUCCUCCUCAGACACAGACCUCAGUCUGACACCCAGGAUUGGGAUGGGGAGUGGGGGCAGCGUUGGAAAAGAGGCUGGGCCUCUGAAGACCCUCCUCAGACAACAUACCCAAUCAGCUCUGGAGCAGAGGGAGUUCCCCAUCUUCACGUUGACCUGUUUCCCCCCUGGCUUCUUGGUUCACGUCGGGGGCGUGGUCAGCACCCGCUCGGUCAAGCUGCUGGACCGCAUACACAACCCCGUGUUGGGUAACACACGCUCUUACAAACUGCUAGACUGGAAUAGUGUCGCUGCAGACGAGCCAGAGACGAGGGACGCGUGGUGGGAGGAGAUUCGUCAGGAGAUCAAGUCUCAUGCAAAAGCCCUGGGUUGCCACGCUGUGGUGGGAUACAGCGAGAGCACCAGCAUCUGUGAGGAGGUGUGUAUCCUGUCUGCAUCUGGCACGGCGGCCAUGUUGAAUCCCAGAUUCAUGCGUGAGGGCUGUCUGGACAUCGGCGGCAGCGACCACAGGUUAUCACGGCAACCACACCCCGGCAUGGUGGGGUCGGAGAGGGGCGAGGGGGAAGUUAGCUCAACCUGGCUGGGGUUUGAGGAUGCGUCGCCCCCUAGCUGCGGGUUUGUUCACAUCCCGUAUGAUGAGUUCAACAUGCCGUUCCCAGCUCAGCUUACAUACUGCUACCACUGUAGGAGACAGAAGGUCCCUGAUGUGCUCUUUACUACCAUAGACCUACCUGCUGAGGCUGAGGUUACUGGGAAGGGCUGCCUCAUACAGGCCAGGUUGUGUCGAACGAAGAAGAAGGCCCAAGGGGAGGUGAAUGCUACAUCCAUCUCUAACCUCCUCCCCUUCAUGGAGUAUGAGCUCCACACACAGCUGAUGAACAAACUCAAACUGCGCUCCAUGAAUGCUCUGUUUGGACUCCGCAUUCAGAUCAGUGUGGGAGAAAACAUGCUUCUGGGACUAGCUUCUGCAACGGGUGUGUACCUGUCAGCGCUGCCAGCUCCAGGUGGUAUCCAGAUAGCUGGUAAGACCCCCAGUGACCUGAGCUACGACCAACACAUCUCCACCAUACAGAAACGCAUCGAUGACACCAUCGCCAAGAACAAGGAGCUCUACAACAUACACCCCCCGAAGUUAUUUACGUUGGACCCUGAGGCAUUCACCGGCCUGAAUACGGAGUGUAUAGAGGAGGUGGUGGGGUCUCCUAUCCCUGACAGACAGCGGUCCAGCAGACUGUUCAGGUCUACCUCUGAGAGUUCAGAUGAGCUGUCCGAACUAGACCUGUCCCACGGCAAGAAGGAUGCCUUUGUACUGGAGAUUGAUGACACUGAUGCAGUAGAGGACAUCCAAUCCCUACUUACUGAUGCCCCCAUACCUGCAGGGUUCUACAGCUGUAACACGGAGGUCAUGCCUGGGAUUCACAACUGGACUUCAGGACUACAGAUGUUUACAUCUGUCCGGGUCUACAGACUCAGUAAUGCCAAUCUGACCAACCAGGGCCUCAACAAGAUCUUCACUGACCUCUGUGAGAACUUGCUCAAAAGUCUAUACUUUAAGCUGCGUUCCAUGAUCCCCUGCUGUCUUUGCCAUCUGAACUUCACUGUAGCUGUACCAGAAGAAGAACUCAUACAGGUGGCGGUGACAGCCGUAGCCAUGAGUUUUGACAAGGAGACUCAGCAGGCAGCAGACAGGGCUCUCACCAGGGGGAGUGGUGAGAAUGAGGAGCAGCUCCAGUUUUCUAUGGAGCUGUGUGGAGAGUCAACCAUCUCCAACAACCAGCCUUCAGCCAAGCCUUCAGGUGUUCCUGAGAGUGCCAUGGUCCACUCGUCUCGAGCUCCCUCGGUUGAUUACGGUUCCUUUGCAGACAGAUGCAGCACCUGGCUAGAGCUGCUUAGGCUGAAAGCUCACACCAUAAGACGAGGAUCAGUUAAGACAAGUAGGAGGACACAGUUGCUAGCACACUCUGUCUCGUCUUCAGAGCGCUGCAGUCCUCUCCCAGAGGGGCGGUCCCGGUCGCUACGCUCCACCAGGUCGUUGCCGUGCGGUGCCCCUGUUACUGUGGUGAAGAUGACUCCUCUGUCCUUCCUUCCUGGGACGCGCAUUGUGAAAUACUUAGGAAUCAUCAACAUGUUCUUCAUUAGGGAGACCACGUCACUACGAGAGGAGGGGGGUGUAAGUGGCUUCCUCCAUUCCUUCAUAGCGGAGGUGUUUGCCAUGGUCCGUGCCCAUGUAGCAGCUCUGGGGGGCAACGCCUUAGUGUCAUACAGCAUGAAGGAGUGUGUCUUCAUGGAAAACCCCAACAAGAACCAGGCUCAGUGUCUGAUUAAUGUUAGUGGUGAUGCUGUUAUCUUCAUCAGAGAAUCAGACCAAGAGGCCAUACCCCCUCUGUUGACCAGCAGACAGACCAGCGGCACUGGAGCUGACGGGACCACAUGACACACACUUGAGUCUAGCAAUCCAAAUAAUCGUGAUUUGUGUCUGCCUUAAACAGAUGGAAUGUCUUAAGGUUAGGUAGGACCCCACAAAUUACACACACAAACAAACACACAGUUGACAAGUUGGAGAAAUUGUCUCUCAUUGUCCAUUGAGUUACUCUACAGAAGCCAUUUAGGGAGGCAGUCUGUCAUUUCUCUCUGUUUUUGAUAUAAUAGACAUUCCAAAACAUGGUUGAAGCUAUCCCUCUCCAUCCAGUCUCAGCAGUCACUAGCCGGCCAUGCUAAAGCAGACAUGGUAUUUAUUGAUAGACCGCUCCGUACAGGGUAGUCACUACUGUAGAUGGCCAUGGUAGAGAACAAAAUUGUAGAAAUAAGUGUUUUAAUUGUCUGUCAGACGAUAUUUGGGCUAACACACAUGCCCUGUGGACAGCCUCCUGCCAUCCUCCUGGCUGUCAUGACUGCAGCCUUCCAGGUCUCCAUACUACUGAACUCUCCUGUCUUUAACGAUCAUGUAAAUGCUGGAAAACAAAACUAAUUGCGAUGACACAUUUUUGUUCAUUGUUGAGAUGCUACUUGUGUUUGUGUAAAUGUGUGCUACAAUCAGAUUUUAGUAUUUUUAUAAUGUAAAAUUAUAUUCGUCAAGUCUAAUGAAAUUCUGGAAGUUUGAUUUAUAUGGUGUAAGAGAAGUAAGGGUACAGUGAUCUGUUCUACUGUUAAUGAAUAUAACCAGUCUCUCUUUCGCUGUAGGACUUGAAUGUACGUACAUACAUACAUAGACUUUGUUGCUUAGUGUCUGCAUGUAUCUGUUAUUGCCAUGACUGUCUGUCUGCUCGUUGCCUGAGAUGAUCAGUCCUGCACAAUAAACUAAACUAGUCCUGUUGACUAGUCACUUUAUUCCUA